AUGGUUUCGCAAAAGUUGUUUGCCGCGUUUGCGGCUUUGAGCUUUGUCGCUGGCUCCGAGGCCGCGCUGUGUAGACCAAAGUCUAGCAGCAGCGCGGAUGUGACUUCGUCUUCGACGGUUGAGACAUCUUCAGUUGCGACCAUUUUAACUGAUAGUACUACGGUUGCUACUACAACUACCGAGUCUGCAUCGUCGACAGUUGAGACGUCUUCGACAAUUGUCACCAUCUCAACUGACAGCUCUACGGCCCCUACAUCCACCACCGAGUCUGCCUCUUCGACAGUCGAGUCUUCUUCUACUAUUACCACCGUCUCCACCGACAGCACCACACUCGCUACAUCCACUACCCAGGCCGACUCAUCGACCACUUCAUCUGCUGAGCCUGUCAUCACCAACAUCCUCAUCAACGGUGACUUUAAUGACGGCCGCACCAUCAAACCCUGGACGUCUGGUCUCAACGGCGGCAUCGAGGGCCUCGGCCCCGACCCGGACACGCAGGUGCAGGGCUGGUCUCUGGGCCUCUCUACGAGCGGAGCGAUGACUAGCUACUACGUCUUCAACACUCUCGACGCCUCGCGCAUCGUGCCGGGAGCGGAGUACGACCUCUCGGCGUAUGUCAACCUCGACCUCGACUUCGGCGGCGACCUAGGGUGCCGGAGCGUCGAUAUAUAUUGCGUCUGGGGUGGACUCAACCAGGCAGAGGGCCAUACGUCGGCGACCACUACCGAUGGAGGGUUUCAGGAGAUGACGACGACGUGUCGAUGGAGCGAGGAGCAGGCUAGGGAUAACCCCAAGAUCUUGUUCAAGUUUGUGUGUGGUAGUUCGUAUUCGCACAUCGACGAGGUGACUCUGGUUGGACCUUUGGCUCAGUAG